CGGCAACUCAUAGUUCAGAUUUCUUGUAUACAUACAUAUACGUAUACAUAUGUAUCUAUGUAUCUAGGGGUCCAUAUAAUAUCGUUUCAUGAUGAGCAACACAACGAAGAUAGACAUUUUGACAUCUAUCUAUCUUAUCAGUUAUUGCGAUACCUUUACAUGAACCGGUGUUCCAGUUACCCGCGAUACAUGAUACACGGCAGCGAAUAAAUGGAACGAUGCACGAAAGAAUCGUGAAAAAUGUUGAUUUACCGUUGUCAGCUCCUAGUGAAUUGCGAUUCUUAUUUUAGGAUAUUUCACGAUUUCAAGAUGUUAUCGAAACACGCGACGUUGCGACGCAAUCUUAUCCUUGCAGUAAUCGUUCUGCUCGUCCUCCGAGCCAACGGAUUCAACGAAAAAGAAUCGAUGGAAUAAAGAAAUAACGCUUUUCAAUGACGAUGAGGAGAGUUGAUGGUAUAGAGGGUGAGAACGAUACGAGGUUGAAAGAAUUUUCUGCUUCGAAAACUGUGAACUUUGUUUGUAACGCGCUAGCAAGAUGGAUACGAAGAUGCAAGAAUCUUCGCUACAAAAAUGACAAGGUAGAUGAGAAAAUGGAGGAUUUCAUUCUGCCGAGCAACGAAGACUGGCGACAUAGGGUUUAUUAUCAGCUGGUCGAAUUGCAAAGAGAAUACGACGCUGAAUUUUCAACGAAAAGGGUUGGAGAAAUUACACCGGAUUACAUCGAUUCGAAGGGAAAAGGAGAAAGAAAAGACGGAACGGAUGGAAAAAUCUGAAAUGGAAGAAGGUGUUGGAAGAGGAGGGUGGGAAUGGGAGCCAAAGUUUCGCGGGUUUAUUUCUUUAAAGGCUACGGUUAGAAGAAGCGAAAGCGAAGAGAUAAACGGAUCGUUGAAGAAUGUUCGUGGUGUCGGUGGCUCGAUGACGGAAGAAUACAUCCAACCAGGUUGGCGCAUCAACGAUAUCUUGUUGGCUGCAGGAAUUCUUCGGAAAGUUCAACCUUCUCCCAUUUUUUCCGACGAGGCCGAGAUGCGUCGAGUGUUUGGCCUCGUUUACGACGUACUUAGGUACAAGAAAAUAUUUGAUCGCGCUCUGAAAGAUAUAGGAUUUUGGCGUCGUAACAGCGCCAUGAAGGAUCGUGAAAGAAUCGUUUGGUUGUUGCUGUACGACAUGCAGGGGAGGAAAUUUGCGAGACAGCGCGAGAUGGAUGCCGUUAAAAAACGCAAAACAAUCUUCGAGGCUGCAGGAUUGGCAGAUAUAGAGAAUGCUCUUCUCGAAGCGAAAACGCAUCUUGCCGCAAGUAUUUCUCGUCAGCGUAUUCGCGGCUCUGCCCUUAGUCUCGACGAAUUGCUACCGUCUCGUUUACGCGUGAUCGAGGGUGUAGCUUGGGGCAAAGAAGCUGCGAUCGCUUUCGGAUGGGUGAACAUUGCGAAACUUGACAACAAGGAACAAUUUCUGGAAGAAAUGUCGAAAUUGGGAUUGGUGUGCCGUCAGGAUGAUGACACGACGAUGGAGCUUGAGGAGACCAGUUACGCGUUUGAUUCGAUUUGUCCAAAACUGAUUAAUUUCCACGAAAAAGCGCGGGAAAGGUUGGCCGUUUCUAGUCUCGUUCGUGAUCAUCGUUUCAUAUUUUUAGAGAGAUCGUUGUGCAUCGGUGCGGCAACUUUGGCGAAGGCGAUUCGUAUCGGCCGUUUUUGCGGUCCGGUCAUUUUGACGCACUGUCUCGCACCUCGGCAUACCGCAUAUUUGGCCCAAUUGUUGACCGAAAUCGGCCACGCCGGCAAACUGUUAGCAUUCGGAACUGGCGAUCGUCGAUGCGAAUACGAAACAUACUUGAGGAAGCUCGGCGUGACGUUGCAACAAUGUCGCGUCUUCUCCGAAAAAUACGUAUCGCAUUCGGCAACGGCUGAAUUAGAGAGAGCUACUGUGGUUUUGGCUGUACCACCGUCUAGUUACACUGGCGUUAAAGACAUCGUCGAUCUUGCCGUAGCUCGCGGAGGAGACUCGGACCUUCUCGAAUCGUUAACGAACGCCUACACUAGCGACGAUAAUCGUAACGACCAUCGGUACCCGCAAGCAUUUUUAGCUGACCAGAUGUCCACUUUGAAAUAUGCUUUAACUAGGCCGAAUGUUCAGUUUCUCAUAUACGAGGUGCACACGAUUUUAUCCUCCGAAACGACAGUAAUGGUUCAACGAGUCGUCGAUUAUGUUAAUCGUCUAGCCACAGAAAAAUAUGUUCGUGAACACCCGAAAAAGGUUUCAAAAGAGGCAAAGGAAUUAUUAAAAUUCGAAAAAAUGGACGAAUCGCGAGAAGAAGAUCGAGUAUCGACGAUUUCAGCGAACGUUACCGUUCCAGACAGCGAUCUGUUCGAGGUAGGCAGCAUCGACGAUAUUUAUGGGAAGAAUGCGAGUUGUCUGUUAGACUCUGGAUGCUUUCUUGCGGUAAUAAAACGAAAAGAAAUGAUGCAGUUUGAUUCGCUAUUUAUGAUCAAUGUAGCAGAAUCGAAAGGUUUGUUUGGCGAUCCAAAGGAACGGCAGGAGGCAAAGCAGCAAUCGUUACCUCCACGGUCCUUGGAAAGCAAUGUUCGCAAACGAGCGAAACGUAUCAAGAUUGAGAUUGACCGAAUAAUGGCACAUACGUAUUCAUCGUUGUCCAGAAGUAAGAGUGGAAAUCGAAUUUGUCCUCGACAUUUGCGUUACAACAGCGAUUGGAAGGAAACUAUCAGAUCUACGAUGCAGGUAUCUGAAAAUGUUGAAGAAAAUUCGUCGAAAUCUUGGCAGCAUGAAAAAGCGAAUGCGAACCGUUUGAACACGCUUGCUUGUACGGAACCACCGCAGGAAAAGGGGAUACGAGCGUUGUUCUCGACGAACGUUGAUUCCUUGACCCAGUCCGAUGCGUUCACGCUGCAGAACGAUACCCUAUCUAUGCUGGCCAAUUUAAUCGAUAGAAAAUCUUUAAUACGGCAAGAAUGGAGGCAGGUUGGCUCGUCAAGUACGAUUUUGAAGGCACCGAUUCUGACUCGAGCGUUGCAACGCGCUUCAUUCGAAGGUGACACCGAGAAUCGCGACGAAGAAAAUGUCCAAGUGCAGUUGGAAACGCGUCGCGUGCGACGAUCGGCAUCGAAAAGAAUUAAAAAGUCCCGCCUUCUUCAUCCAGGUGGUUCUCCGACGAACGUGCUCGAUUUGCUUUCCAACACAGUUUAAGAACUAUUAGAUACACUCUUUUCGCCAUCAUUUUUCACCAAUAACUUGAUUAUUAAAAAAACUUAUUCAACUUUUAGAUCUUUAAUAAAAUUGACUGAUUGAAUUGUUCAAAAUAGCAAUGCA